UUAAAAUACAUGCCAACGGACACACUGUCUCGUGUCACGAGAUACGUUAACCCAAAGAGCGUGGUGCAAGCCGACGUUUUUGGCAUUGUAUAAACACUGAAACGGAGUUUUUACUGGAUUUUCUGCUCGAAAUUAACGAAGUAGGGAAGUUAAUCCACGAUUUAAUGAAAUCCUCAUGUGAAGAGUGACUCAUAAGGAAGAGACUGGUGCGAAAGGGUGGGGAUUGAGUAGCUGUGCAGCACUUCCUCUUCCGGCUUCUUGGUUGGGGACACUUGCUUGAAAUCGAUGGGUGGACAGUGAGAAGGUGGUCUUGCAUUACACACAUCAAUUUGUAGAGAUCAGGCUUGAUGUACUUGCAUCGGACACAGAUGUUUGGUUUCCUGAACGAUUGUACCGGUCACUUUGGUGAUAUUCAUUUCCUGAAAUGCAAUUGAACAAGCAACUGUUCCUCUCCCAGGGCAUUCAUGUCAGAUGUCACACUUGCAACAACCUCUGCAACGUCAAUGUUGUCAUUAACGAGUGCAACCAAUGCCAACUGGUCUUGCAACUCUCUCAUCUCACUGUGGAUUUCCUGACAUCUUUGUUCAGCCUGAGAAACCUCUGCAAUUUGUGCGACAUACAGUGGAAAGGGGCCAUUUCCGAGACCAGCUGCACCUUGUGGGGAUUUUGCAAGUUCUUUGGCGAUACUUUCACCAAGCUCCUUGCAUUCCAACUCCAUCAAAGUAUAAAACUUAAACCAGAGCCCAAGACUGAUAUGCAGGGGAAGCGGGCAUACCUGAGAAGAGGAAUUGAAAAUUACAUGUAUUUACUUAUUAAAAGGUUGCAACUUACCGCUGGGACCAGACAGGCCGUACAUCCUACAAAGGAACUCGUAAUCACCGAACAUGAACACUACAAGUUUCUUUCCCCUGAAAAAGAAAAGAGAUGUUCUCGAAGUGAAGCCCAGGACAUUCUCAAAGAGGCUUUCAGGGCAAGUUCUUCAAGAGGUGGGAUGAAGGACUUCAACUGCAUAUCCUGCAGCAGACUUUGCAGCUCAUCUCUGGGAGUUGUUAUCAGAAUUUGGUGUAACUGAUAACUUGGUUGACCACCACUUAUUGUUGACAACUGUGUCUUCAGCUUGGCAUUUCGACGCUGAAGGGUUCUUCUACACACUUCUGUACUUGUUUUUUUAGGACGCGUGACUUGUUGAAUACAGAGAGCCUAAAGUGAGAAAUUUUAAACUAAUCUGUUAAAUUUACUAUUUGAGAUAAUUAAUGUCACC